UUUGAUUGAGUUUGUAACUUUUUCAAAAAUACAUGUUUGUUAUUGGUCAUUCCCUACUCGAUAUACCUAACCAAUAGGAACGCAUACUCGAAGAGUUGCACAGUACAAGUUGUGUUGCGUGAUAGUUUUCUGAAAAUUCAAAACAUCAAUGGUCCACUAUACAUCACGUACCUCUUUCCUCUUUCCCUUCGACAAAACAAGUAUGGUAGCUUUUGGGUUUAAAGGUGUAGGACGGCUGGCAGAUUUCUUAACCUAAAAAUGGCAUCCUUAUUUUGUGGUGAUUUUUAAAAGUGUUUACAUAAUAUAACAGCUGUUAACAUGAGUUCGAAUGAAGUGAAUGAUCCAAGUUUAAAUAGACGAGGAAAAAAAAAUAGAACUUUUUCUUAUACAUUUCCCUGUUAACCAUCUUUGUUGUGUACUAUUCAUAAUUCAUGCUACAAUCAAUAGCUGGUGGGGGUUAGUACAUCCGAGUUGAAAUGCACGAAAUGGACUUCUUACUUUUGCGAGGUCUUGUGUCGUAAAAAAAAUCGGAAAUGUUAUUAACUAAAAGUACGUGCUCUAGUGUUUUAUUCUAUUUAUCAGUUACCUAAAAACUUUAUAGUGAAAUAAGUACUAGUGUCGCAAUUUUAUAUCCUAAGAAGACAGUUUAAAUAAUCGGAUUAAACUUAAGUUUACAUACAUAUUUUUUAUAAUUUGUGACUGAUAUGAAUAGUUCAGAAUAAUUGUAUGAAAUUCAUGGUAAAAUUCACAAAAAUAUGCCAAAGUGGAGUGUAAUUGUUUAGCCGUGUGCGGCUGAAAUGAUUGCAUUUCAGUAAUUAUGAUGUAAAAUUACGUCAAAAUGACUACGAAACUGGAAAAGCAGGUGAAUGGUAAUAAUGGUAUCAAAAGCCACCCAGGAAGUUCCAAAAGUUCUCCAAUCAAAGUCAGUGACCAUUAUUCUCAGUACAAAGAAGAAACUUUUCAAUUUGAAGUCCCACCAGAAGCACCAGUUUUUCACCCAACAGAGGAAGAAUUCCAAGAUCCUUUAGCCUAUAUUGCCAAAAUAAGAUCUGUUGCAGAAAAUACAGGAAUAUGUAAAAUAAAACCACCAUCAGCUAAAACUCGUGUCAAGUUAAAUUUCUUGGACCAAAUAGCCAAAUUCUGGGAACUUCAAGGUUCUUCCCUCAAAAUUCCAAUGGUUGAAAGAAGAGCACUGGAUCUUUAUACUUUACAUAGAGUGGUACAAAUAGAAGGUGGAUUUGAUUGUGUUACAAAAGACAGAAAGUGGUCGAAAAUAUCUCAAAGAAUGGGUUACCAAGUAGGGAAAAGUAUUGGUACUAUACUCAAAACACACUAUGAAAGGCUUUUGUUUCCCUUCGAUGUCUUUAAGCAAGGAAAGUCUGUUGAAUUGAAAUUGGAAGAGUCACCUGAAAAUAUCGAGAAAGCUGAUAAGGACUAUAAACCUCAUGGGAUUGUGAGUCGUAUGCAAAUAAAACCACCCCCAGAAAAAAACGCCCGGCGAUCCAAACGAUUCGAAAAUGAUGAAUGCAAGACUGAAAACAUAAUCAAAAAUCCACUUGCAAAAUAUGUAUGUCACAACUGUAAUCGUGGAGAUUCUGAAGAAUACAUGCUGUUAUGUGAUGGUUGUGAUGACAGCUACCACACUUUUUGUCUGAUGCCACCACUUGCGGAAAUUCCUAAAGGAGAUUGGCGAUGUCCCAAAUGUGUGGCGGAGGAGGUCUCUAAGCCUAUGGAAGCAUUCGGAUUUGAACAGGCUCAAAGAGAAUAUACGUUACAACAGUUUGGAGAAAUGGCAGAUCAGUUCAAAUCAGAAUAUUUUAACAUGCCUGUACAUAUGGUGCCAACCGGAACCGUUGAACGCGAAUUCUGGAGAAUUGUCUCUUCCAUUGAUGAAGAUGUGACUGUAGAGUAUGGUGCAGAUUUACAUACGAUGGAUCAUGGCUCUGGUUUUCCAACCAAAUCAUCUUCCAAUCUUUUUCCUGGUGAUAAAGAGUAUGCAGAUUCGAGUUGGAAUUUGAAUAACUUACCCGUUUUGGAGGGAUCUGUCCUUGGAUAUAUAAAUGCUGAUAUCUCUGGAAUGAAGGUAAACAUAAAACGAAUAUAUCAGUAAUUAUACAAAUUAUAAUUUGGUAGUUUCAUUAUGAAGCAAGUCAAAAUUACGAGUCCUCUUUAGUACUUGUAGUACAUUAAAAUGGAAUUAUUCCAAGUGCUGAUGCUUCUAAAGUGAAAACUCCUAUUUUGGAAUAUAUGAAACUCGACAAGGAAGCUGUGAGAAAUGUUCAAAAUUACAAGAAAAACUUCAAUUUCUUCAUGAUACAAAAUUGAAAAUGCCAAAUUUUCAUCAGUUUUAAAAACAUACCCCUGGUGGUAUCUGGUAGUCCUAUGGAUUGUUAGUUCCUUUAGUUCGAAAUUUUCAU